UCUUCCAAUCUCUCUAAGCCAACAUGGCGGCUGCCGCGGUGCAGUGCCGGGGCUGAGUGACAGCGAGCGCAGUGGGCUCCUGCCUGGGGUGAGGGGCACCCUCGACGAGGGAUGGGAGAUCGGGUCCUCCUCAACCUGCCCGUGUACCCUACGUCAGCUGAAUCCCACACAUCUCUCCGCGCAGUGUGUCAGCCUUUGGGAGUCGUGACGGGGCCCGGGGCCCUUCCUAGCCCUGCUCUGUGCUUCGGGGCAAGCUCCUACCGGUCCCUGGGCGAACUUCCCUGGUCUGGGUUCCCUCCAUUUUCCCAUUCUCCAUCCUCCUCCACUUGCAGGUGGGAUCGUCGGUGGGACCGAAGCGCAGGCGGGCGCGGUCCCCCGAGACCAUGGCUGGGUCCGAUACGGCACCCUUCCUCAGCCAGGCGGAUGACCCGGAUGACCGUCCGGUGCCCGGCACCCCGGGGUUGGGGGGGUCCAUGGGGAACCCAAAGUCCAAGGAGCCUGAGGUCUUGGACCGGGAGGGGCUGCAGCGCAUCACAGGCUUGUCUCCAAGCCAUUCGGCUCUCAUAGUGGCUGUGCUGUGCUACAUCAACUUACUGAAUUACAUGGACCGCUUCACGGUGGCUGGCGUCCUUCCAGACAUCGAGCAGUUCUUCGACAUCGGAGACAGCAGCUCUGGCCUCAUCCAGACCGUGUUCAUCUCCAGUUACAUGGUGUUGGCACCUGUGUUUGGCUACCUGGGUGACAGGUACAAUCGGAAGUAUCUCAUGUGCGGGGGCAUUGCCUUCUGGUCCUUGGUGACACUGGGGUCAUCCUUCAUCCCCAGAGAGCGUUUCUGGCUGCUUCUCCUGACCCGGGGCCUAGUGGGGGUUGGAGAGGCCAGUUACUCCACUAUCGCACCCACGCUCAUUGCUGACCUCUUCGUGGCCGACCAGCGGAGUCGAAUGCUCAGUGUGUUUUACUUCGCCAUCCCGGUGGGCAGUGGUCUGGGUUACAUUGCAGGCUCCAAAGUGAAGGAUGUGGCUGGAGACUGGCACUGGGCUCUGCGGGUGACACCAGGUCUAGGAGUGGUAGCUGUUCUGUUGCUGUUCCUGGUAGUACGGGAGCCACCAAGGGGAGCUGUGGAGCGUCAUUCAGAUUCACCACCCCUGAGCCCCACCUCGUGGUGGGCAGAUCUGAGGGCUCUGGCAAGAAAUCCGAGUUUUGUCCUUUCUUCCCUUGGCUUCACUGCUGUGGCCUUUGUCACGGGCUCCCUGGCCCUGUGGGCUCCUGCAUUCCUGCUUCGUUCCCGUGUGGUCCUGGGAGAGACCCCACCCUGCCUCCCUGGAGACUCCUGUUCUUCCUCUGACAGUCUCAUCUUCGGGCUCAUCACCUGCCUGACCGGGGUCCUGGGUGUGGGCCUGGGUGUGGAGAUCAGCCGUCGCCUGCGCCGUACCAACCCCCGGGCAGAUCCACUGGUCUGUGCUGCUGGCCUCUUGGGCUCCGCACCCUUCCUCUUCCUGUCCCUUGCCUGUGCCCGUGGUAGCAUCGUGGCCACCUAUAUUUUCAUUUUUAUUGGAGAGACACUGCUGUCCAUGAACUGGGCCAUUGUGGCUGACAUUCUGCUGUAUGUGGUGAUCCCUACACGACGCUCCACUGCUGAAGCCUUCCAGAUUGUGCUGUCCCACCUGCUAGGUGACGCUGGGAGCCCCUACCUCAUUGGCCUGAUCUCUGAUCGCCUCCGCCGGAGCUGGCCCCCUUCCUUCUUGUCCGAGUUCCGGGCCCUGCAGUUCUCGCUCAUGCUAUGCGCCUUUGUCGGGGCGCUGGGUGGCGCGGCCUUCCUGGGCACCGCCAUCUUCAUUGAGGGUGACCGCCGGCAGGCCCAGCUGCAUGUACAGGGUCUGCUGUCUGAGGCAGGGCCCACAGAUGACCGGAUAGUGGUACCCCAACGAGGUCGCUCCACCCGGGUCCCCGUGUCCAGUGUACUCAUCUGAGAGGCCAUCAUGUACCUCUGUGUACGUCUUUCGCCAGUGGCUCAGGACCUGCCCCAUGGGGUGCCUGGGGCUAAACCUCUGGCCCAGCCCAGCUUCCAGGAGGGACCCUGGGUCAUGAUCCAGCUCCCAGACACUACAUGGGCAGCCUGGGGAGGAGGUGGGGGUCCAGGAGAGGCAUCCCCUCCACAGGGGCAGCCCCAGGGGCUUGGUGCUAUUUGUAAAGGAAUAAAAUUUGUAGCCAGACC